GCUACAGAGGCCAUAUUGAAAUCUAUGAAGUCGGCUUACACUUUGAUGGGACUCCGUCGAUUUGGGAGUGUUUAAAUCGCUCUCCCACAUUUAUACCUGUGUAAUUUUACCAGACAUUUCGCUUAAGUCUCUGCCUGCACUAGAAGGCAAGUUGUCUCGUCUAUUUAGCGGAAAAAAAUGAGUCCAACUGAUGCUAAACGCGGAGCUAAACGCAGGAAGAACAAGCGGGGCGGUGGCAGUAGCUGCAGUAAUGUCUGCAACACCAGCAGCGGCAAGGCCGGGGUAGCUCCGGCCUUAGGAACAGCGACACCUGAAUCUGUGGUCAGCUUUUUAACAUCUGGCAAUACAGGCAUCGGGAACAUGGGUUCCGCCACAGGAAUAAACGGAGAGGUCAAAGUGAACAACAGUGUUACUCCACAGUUUAAGGAAGGACCAGUGAAUGUUGACUUCUCCGGAGUCCUUCAGACUCCGUUCACGUUCGGCCUGAACCAGCGGGCGCCCUACACAGCCGGUGAUCGCUGCCUUCUGUGUCGAUGCGAGCGUAAGGACUGCGUGGUGCCUUCAGAGGCAGGCAUCUUGGGCCAGAACGGUACAACACAGCCCACCAACUCAGCCAAUGCCCUCCAGCUGCCUUUGUGGGUAUGCUCAGACUGUAGACUCACAGUGGAGAAGGAAGAUAGACGUACAACUCUGGAGCAGUCGUUAGGGAGUCAGGACUUCCUGUUGCACAUGCCUGUUGGUAAUGGAAACCUGACCCCGGAGGCAGCCACAGUGGACAGACUGACCACCGCUGCGCCAACCUUACCCAUGCUCCCUGCUCCGGACCUCACCACACCUCURUCUUCUGAUGCAGUGUGCAGCUGUGAGGCCUGCAACGAGCGGGGGGAGAUCUCUGCAGAAUCAGAGAGAGAGUCGCAGCAGCUGCAGAACCACUGGUCGGAGGUUCGCUAUCUGGUGCGUUGCAUCUAUCGUCAAACUGGAACGUCACUUGCAGAUGACCAAGACCAGCCUCUGGAGAAAGACAAAGAGGGCAUGAAGGAACUGGUGGACAGGCUUUGCGUAAAAGAUCCGUAUCAGCUCUACCAACGGCUGGAACAGCAGGCUCGAGAAUAUGUCUUGGAAAUGAAGGUGCGGUUAUUGAAGCACCUCUCUGCCAGCUCCAAGACUGCAGGAGCACCAGGGACUGUGGCUGCAGCUCAGGGUCCUCCUCAGGCCCACCAGUUCAUAUCGCUGCUGCUGGAGGAGUACAACGCCCUCUGCCAAGCUGCACGCACCAUCAGCCGCUUCCUGCUCACCCUGGAAAAUGAGCACCUCCAGAAAUUUCAGGUGACGUGGGAGCUACACAACAAGCACCUUUUUGAGAAUCUGGUUUUCUGUGAACCAAUCUUACACAACAGUUUACCAGCGCUAAUUGCACAGCUGAGACAUGGUACAGCCUCUCAUGAUUCAUAUAAUGAAGACAUGUACCGGACUCUGUUGGAAAGCUACCAGCUGCUGGAACAGGAGAUGGCUUCAGUGGCUGCUGAGUGGCAGGAGUGUGAGAAGAGGAUCGAUGACUACGUAGAUGAACAGCUGCUUUUUAAGGUGGAGGGUCAGAGUCUUAACAACCAAAGAACAGAGGCGCACAAAUCCUUGGUCAGCAAAAAUACUUUGAAGACAAAGCAGCGAAUGCUGAAAGAGGACUGGGAGUUCUUUAAGCAGAGAAGGUUUAUAGAAGAACAGAUACCCAACAAUAAAAAGACAUCCACUGCAGAUAACAAUUUUACAGACACUAUGAGGAUGCUCUCGUCUCGUCUUAAUAUUCCAGACUGUCCAAACUGUAAUUACAGAAGAAGGUGCACAUGUGACGACUGCAGUCUGUCCCACAUUCUAACAUGUGGCAUCAUGGACUCUCCCAUUGCUGAGGACCUCCACAUAAAGCUGCCCUUGCAAGGGGAGCCACCCCGGGACUACCUGCCUGAGGUGCACCCUCCCAGUCUGUCCUCAGGUAGUUCAGCUUCGGGUUCAAACUCCAGUUCUCCCAUCACAAUCCAGCAGCAUCCAAGGCUCAUCCUGCCUGAAGGGGAAGUCAACACUUUCAUCAGUGAUGAUGACGAAGUGCCUCCGUUGUCCAGUAAAUUUGAGAACAUUUACCCCUUGAACCGUUAUGAGGACAACAGCGUUGUGACGUCUGCUGUGAACGGACUUCAUAACAACCUCAACGGGAAGGGUGGAAAUAUGACGCUGAAGGGAGGGUCUCCUCACAUUACCAGCAGCAGUAGUUCGUCAGAGGGUGACGAAGAGGAAASUAAUGGCGAGGCCAGCGGGGAGCCCCCUGGGAAACAGGAAAAGCUUUCCUCAGGAAAGACCAACAGUCCUCCACCCUCUUAUAACCACCAGCAGGUAGGACAGGUCCAGCAUGCCUGCGAGUGCCAUGUGUGCAACCAGGACCCCGGCUCCUCCACCCCGAGCCCUGCCACAUGUCUGCCCCCCAGUGGGCUUCAUGCCCUGCCUCCCCCAGCUGUCGGACACCAGUUCUUCACAGACACCAAGGCUCCCCCCGCACACCCUGCCUUUCACUUGUACCCACACAUUCACGGCCACCUGCCCUUACACAACUUCUCCCGUCCCCUGCUCCACCCAACACUCUACCCACCCAGCCCCCCUCUCACACACAACAAGCCUCUGUCCCCAAACCCUACAUCAAACCACUCAGCAGCCAAGCAGCCAGCUCUCAGCUCAUCACUACCUGAUCAUGUAUACCAGAACUGCUGUGGCGGUACGAGUGCAGCAGGUGACUGUAAUAGCUCACUGCAGUGCCUCUCUCUGAAGUUUGAAAAUCUGUGGGAUGCUGUUGUGAUGAAGAGCUGGAAUUCCUCUGUGUUGUUGCCCGAAUGCCUUCCAGGUGACAUGCUUGGACCACCCCUCCCUGAUGUUCCCCUGCCCCCAGCAUCCUCCUCUGGCCCCCAGUUGGAGCACACCUCACUGUCCAUGCCUCUGUCCACCUCCACCUCCUCCUCCUCAUCGCUGUCAUCCUCUUUAUCAUCGUCGUCRUCAUCCUGCUCCUCUUCAGAAGCCAAAGAGCCGAUGAAGACAGGCGCCAAGAAAAAGUGUCUCUACAAUUUUCAGGAUGCCUUCUUAGAGACCAACCGUGUAGUGAUGGCCACCUCUGCUGCCACAUCGUCCGUGUCCUGCACUGCCACCACUGUCCAGUCAAGUAAUAACCCACCCAUCCACCUCGCUUCUAAAAGACCCAACUCCAUAGAUGAUGUAUUUCACAGUUUAGGUAAAGAGGACCACAGACAGCCCACUUCAGUCGCCCCUAGAAACAGUUCCACAGGGCUGACUUCUCUCCCUUUGCUCUCGAGCCCCGCUCUACCACCUGCACCCACCUCACACCUCCCCAUCAUGGGUUCGCAGCCCUUUCCAAAGAUGGCCWCUCAGGCCCCAGACUUUGUGGAGACCCACCAGGGUCUGUGCCUCCCACCUCCAGAACCUCCUGCCCUUUCGACGGAUGGUCCUGCCAGCGCACCACCGAGUGUCUGCAGUGACCCUGACUGUGAGGGCCAUCGCUGUGAAGGAAACGGGUCGUAUGAGCCGCAGCCUUACGAUGGAGAGGAGAGUCAAGAUGAGGACAGCUGCUCCGAGCAYAGCUCCUCCACUUCUACUUCAACCAACCAGAAGGAAGGAAAAUACUGUGAUUGCUGCUACUGCGAGUUCUUUGGACACGGAGGGCCACCAGCUGCUCCGACCAGUCGUAAUUACGCAGAGAUGCGGGAGAAGCUACGCUUGCGUUUGACGAAGCGCAAGGAGGAACAACCGAAGCGUGAGGAGCAGCAACCAGUGAUCGAAAGAGAUGUAGGGGUGGAGGACCACAGGAGGGUGGAGGAUCUCUUACAGUUUAUCAACAGUGCUGACAAUAAACCUUCUACCAGUUCCAAGGCAGCCAAACGAGCCAGGCACAAACAAAAGAAGGUGGAGGAGAAGGCCCGUUUAGAGGCUGAGGCCCGUGAAAGAGAGGAGCAACAGUUGUUAGAAGAGCAACAACGACGACGGCGACAGGAAGAGGAAGAGGCACUUCAAAAGGAACUGCUACGGCUGCAGGAGCUGCAGCACCAGCAGCAUCGUGUUGCCAAGAAGAAAAAGAAGGAGAAAGCAAAGGAAAACACUGCUCCUCCUCAAAAUAACCCACAACCUCUCAGACAGUCAGCCCAGAACGUCUUAGAUAACCUUCAGAAUGGAAAGUCACAGCUGCUUCAAACACUUCUUCACCUCCCAGACCACAKGGAGCCCAAACUCGAGUCCUUGCCCCAACCCAACUCACAGCACAGCUCAAAAUGCACUGCURCAAAGGGUGUUUCUAACGAGACCAACAUCCCCAGCACCACAGCUUCCCUCCACAAUGGGACAUCUUCUGUUGAAGUCAACAGCAAAGCUAAAGCCAAGCAGACAGGAAAGGGGGUUACUCCUGAGUCUGCUGUAAAAAUAGUCCAAGAAUUGGCUAAAGGUCCUGGAACGACAAAGACUGCUAAUGGCAUCGCUCCCACCACUACAACAGAUACCAAAGCUAUGCGAUUCGGACCUGCUGAGACCCCAGCUUUGCCCCCAACCACGGAAGCGUGUAGGGAGGAGAGGAGUAAUACCAAGUGUAGCGGUGGGAAAAGGCAGCAGCAACCCCUUACCCAAAUAAAAGAAGACAGGAUAAGUCCCCCUGUGUCGAACCCUUCUCCCUCUCCCCCUCCAGCCUCUCAGACUGAGACCCAGCAGAACGGCAAACCCCCCAGUGCAGAGUCACCUCAGCCCAAAGGCAAGACUAAGAAGAGCAAGAAGAAGAAGGGGGACAAGAUGAACACAUCUAUAGAUGAUGUGUUCUUGCCCAAAGACAUUGACCUAGAUAGCACUGAAAUGGAUGAGACUGAGAGGGAGGUGGAGUAUUUCAAACGAUUCUGUUUGGACUCUGCUCGUCAGACCCGUCAGCGCCUUUCCAUCAACUGGUCCAACUUCAGCUUGAAGAAAGCUACAUUUGCUGCACAUUGAGUGCUUUGGCACCUAUCAGAACACAAAUCAGUUUAACAUCUAUACAAGCCCACCUCCAACCCCUCYGUCCCUGCCCCCGUGACCUCGGCCUCACAGACGUUUUCUCUGGCUGUUCCCAGAUCGCACCCACGCUGCCUUGCUUUGUUCCUGUCCCUGUGUGGUAACACCACACAUCCAUCUGGACUGAUCCACCUGCAGAAAUUAAAUUAAAUAUAGCAAAAAGAAUCACAAAAUGCUCCUUGAUUAUUUUUUCGUGCGUGCUUGUGUGCUUUUAGUCAUAAGUUGGAUGUUUCUUUUGACUGAACUAGCCAUGGUUUGAAACUUGUUCUUACACUGGCUUUACCUGCAGUCAAAAGAUGUUCAUUAUGUCUGGAUGGAUUCCCUUCUUCAAAAUAAAGAAAAUAAAUAAUGGAAAUUAUAAAACAAGAAUAUUAAGAAUUAAAGCUGUAUUUGAGAUACUGUGGCUUACGAUCAUGUUCUUCGUCUAGUCCAAACGACUGACAAGGGAAUGGGCUCGGUCUGCUGGUUUCCACCUCCCCCUGCCCCCACCUCCUCCACCCUGUUUCACAGAAAGGAGGAGGAAGCUGUAAUACUUGACAAUUUUCUCUUUGUUUUACGUUCUGUUUAACAAACUGUUCAGUAAAAGUGUAUCAGUUACAGAUUUAUUUUUUUGUUUUCUUUUCUUUAUUCUGACAUGUAGCCGACUUGUAUCAGAAUACUUUCAGAGUUGGAAAAAAAAAGAACAGUACUCACACUAUUGGUCUGUUAUAGAGUGUAUAUUGUAUUAACACUGAAGCCGAACUGGCUACUUUUAACAUAUUGUUAAGUAAUAUUAAAUCUUGUCUUUCUUUUUUGAAAGAUGGAAUACAGUA